UUUUUAUAUUAUAAUAGUAAAAGUCCAAAAUGGAAAUUUGUGUGUUAGAAUUUUGAUCCUUACUCUUGGAUUUGGUUUCUGUCAUCUCUUUGUACAUUGAGUUCUGUUAUCACUCUCAUCUAUCUCUCCCUCUCCCUGUUCCAUUUCUCUCUCUCUCUCUCUCUCUCUCUCUCUCUCUCUCUGUCUCACACGCACAAUGAAGAUCAAUUUGAUUGAUGACACUGCACUCAUUGAAACUACGUCAACUAAAAAUGUCCUUGAAAAGGAUAGAACAAUUCUGGGUCUUCGUAACAGUGCUUCAAACAGUAUUGUUCGUCAGGAAGUUAUCAAAACUAGUGGAACCCACAAGAAAAGAAGCAGCCGCCCACAUGUUUGUGGAAAUGUCAGAAUGAAUCAAGAAAAUGGUAAUGUGGGUUUUACUGAGAGAGUGAAGUUUCAGGAAAAUGAAAUUCUGGGUUUUCAUUGUGGAAACAAGAAAGUGACUAGGGGUUGUGGUCUGAAGCAGCAAGAAAGUUUUGAAGUGGAAGAAAAUGUGAUGGGGAAGAGUCGAGAAAGUGGACAUUUGGGUGACAUUGAACAGGAAAGAACAUUUCGAGAUGAUGAAAAUGUGGGAAGUAGUUUGAAGAAGCAAGAAUGUUAUGAUGGGAAUGGUUUUGAAGAGGAGCCAGAAUUGAUGGAUUUUACUCAAAGGGUAAAGAUUCAAGAAAAGGUCUCUUCUAGGAAUUGCUGUCUCAUUGGAGCUGGAAAUAUGGGUGGAAAUGAGAAAGGAAUGUUGGGUAUUGAUACAAAGCAAGAAAUGAAUAGCAAGACAAUUCAAGUGUGGGUGGCAAGAGGAAAGGUGCACGACAAUAAUAAAACAACACUUAAGGAUGGCAAGGUUUCAACAAUUGAAAUGUUGGAAGUUCAAUCUGAAAAUGGGAGUGGAAGGAAAAUUAUGGGAACUUUGAUAUGCUACUCAAGGAAACAGAUGGAAGAUCUGAGGUUUGUUAACAUGGAAGAACAGAAUAAGAAAUGGUGUGCAAUUUAUUCUGAACUUGGACCUGCUGUGAAAAAAGAGUAUGAUGGCCUACUUGACUGUAGUCAUCAUCAUCAUCAUCACUCUCACCUGGAUAUCAACAGAAAGGUCACUGCCCAUGGAAUUCUCGGUCCGAUGGCUGUAAAUGGAAGUUGGAACCCCUGGUAUCUCUGUGCACCAAAGAAAGGUUUGAAAUGAUCCAGAAAGUUGCAUUUGAAAUCCCUUUACUUGUUUACAUGCGCUUGUUAUACAUGUAAGGUUUGGCGUUCAAGUUUGUGCUUGUCAAGUACUACACAUAAACACUGCAACUGUAGAUAUAUAGAUAGCAGAUAGAUUACAGUUAAGAAAGAGUUUGUGCUUGUCAAUUACUACAUAUAAACACUGCAACUGUAGAUAUAUAGAUAGCAGAUAGAUUACAGUUAGAAAAGGGUAGUCGCUGUAAUGUGAUCAAGGGAAGUUACAUUUUAGUGCAAUUUAGAAGUGGUAGUAUAUAUGCAGCAACAAUACCUGUUGGUUGUAGCCUUUAAGAUGUUCUUACUUUCAGUUCUGUUC